AUGACGGGCUACAUCCACCGGCUCGAUGAGGACCGAGUCGCCAAGGUGGCAAAGACAUACUCGCUGGACCAUCAUGUCGGAACGCCGGUCUCUGAUGACACGGAGUAUAUAAACGAGGUCAACCGCAAGACACUCGAGAACGAGGUCGCCAUCUACAGACGGCUGGGCCGCUGUAAGGGAGCCGUAUCGUGCGUCCAGACGUCAAACUAUGGGAUCGAGUUGGCUUUCGCAAAACAGGGCGACCUGGAAGACUACAUCAAAUCUGCGCCUGAGCCGCCGAAGCCCUUGAAGGUUGACUGGAUUCUAUCCAUCAUUGAUACAUUCUCUUACGUCCAUUCCCGGAGAGUCUUGGUGAACGACAUUGCCCUCCGGAACAUCUUGGUCAGCGAUGGACAGCUCAAACUGGCAGAUUUUGGCCAGUCCAUACUGAUACCUAUGUCGACAGAUAUGGACACGGUCUGCGACAAUGAUUUGACGGCGGGAAUCGAGAUUCUCCAUCUUGGCUGGGUCAUCUCCUCGAUCGCUGUCUGA